GAUCAGAAGACCUCCGAACUCUGAGGGUUGGAGUGACCUCAGCUUCACCGGUCUUAGUGCAGAUUGUCCAGUUCACAAGAUAAUGGAUGCAACCACUGAUUCAAUCAACGACCAACUGACACAGUAUGCAAUGCAGCUGAGUAUCGAAGAGAGUAUUGAAGCCAAUAAUAACUCAUCACCUCAGUACAAUGACAGAUUUCUAUCACCCAGCCAAGAAAACAGACAAAUAGUGGAAUCAAUCAGGCAAGGAGAAGUCUUUGCUCUACAACAGUUGAUUAAACAUAAAUUUGCUUUCGAUGAAGCAGAUGAGAAAGGAUGGUUUCCACUGCAUGAAGCUGCUGUCCAGCCCAUUCAACAAGUGCUUGAGAUUGUACUGGACUCAUCUUAUAAAACAAUUUGGCAACAGAGGACUGAAGCUGGGGAUACCCCACUUACUUUGGCUGCUACAGCUGGGAUAUUAGGGAAUGUGCAAGCUCUUUUGGAGAAGCGGAUCUGUCCCAAUGUCACAAACAACAGGGGAGAAACACCACUAUUAAUUGCUGUGAGGAAAAAUUCCCUUGAGAUGGUAUCAAUGCUGCUACAACAUGGGGCACUCAUAAACCGGCCCUGUGUUAGAAGGUGGACGGCAAUGCAUGAAGCAGCCAAACAAGGGCUUGAUGAGAUGGUGGCACUCCUGCUGAGAAACAAUGGGAGCGUUAAUCAGAAGGAUGGGUACGGAGCAACUCCUGUUGCUAUUGCUGCUACAUUUGGACACUGCAGUGUAAUGGAGCAUCUAAUUCAUAAAGGGGGUGAUGUGCAUGCUCAAGCGGAUGAUGGCGCCUCUGUAUUGUUUGAAGCAGCUGAAGGUGGGAAUCCAGAUUGUAUCACUGUCCUGCUGGAGUACGGAGCCAAUCCCAAUGAACCAGACAACUCAGGCCACCUUCCAAUCCACAGGGCGGCACUGGAGGGACAUUACUUGGCCCUGAAAUUUCUCAUUCUAGUAACUCGAAAAUCUGCAAUAAAGAAAAGUGGGAUAAAUCCAAUCCAUUCAGCUGCUGAAGGUGGCAAUGCCCAAUGCCUCGAAUUACUGAUUGAAAGUGGAUUUGACGUUAACGCACUUUUAGAUGAAGAAAUAUCUGAAAGCUAUGAUGACAAGCGGAGGACCGCUCUGUUUAUUGCUGUGUCUAAUAAUGAUGUCGCAUGUACUGAACUCCUGCUGAAAGGGGGCGCAUUACCAAACAGCGAUCCAUUGUCCUGCCUCCUUGUGGCAGUAAGAGCAGGAAGUCAUGAACUAGUGCGUUUACUUCUACGCCAUGGGGCCAAUGUGAACAGCUACUUCUUGCUAAUUAAUGACACUCACUUUCCCACUGCUAUCCAGUAUGCGAUAAAUGAUGAAAUGAUGCUGAGACUUUUGCUCAAUAACGGCUACAAUGUGCAGAUUUGUUUUGACUGUGUACACUCUGACAGCUACGGAAGGCUUCUUCCCUGGCCUAUGAUUGAACCAACGUCCUAUAUCACCUCAUUCUGCGAGUUCAUCACCGUUUCCUGGUUAAGUCAUUUGGUCGGCAGGGUGGUGCGUGUGCUGAUAGAUUACGUGGAUUACGUUUCCUUCUGCGUGAAAUUAAAACCUGUUCUUGAGAAGCAAAAGGAGUGGCCUGAGAUCCGUGAUAUCAUUGAAAACCCUCGUUGUUUGAAGCACCUGUGUCGACUGAAAAUACGUAAACAUGUGGGGCAAAAACAACUGCAAGAUCUUGCAUGUUUAGCAUUGCUUCCCCUGCCUCCAGUACUGGUGAACUACAUCUUGUAUAAGGAAUAUGACCUAUAUGGAAGAGGUCUUGACUUAAAGUAUUAG